CCCCGGCCCAGCUCGCUCGAAGAAACAGGUGGCUUUUUAGUUUUUACUUUCUAACGCAUUUUCCUUCUCCUCCGCACAGAAGCGAGAUCUCCGCUCGUUACCAUUCUCUCUCGUUGGACUCCCGUCGCGCAAUCGCCGGUGCUUACAGUCAGCUCCGUCGUGAAUCAUGAUUAACUUUGUGUGUCUUAUUAGUCGGCAAGGCAAGGUGCGGUUGACAAAAUGGUAUUCAACUUAUUCACAGAAAGAAAGAUCCAAGGCCAUCCGUGAGCUUAGUGGAGUGAUUCUAAGUCGAGGGCCCAAGCUCUGCAAUUUUGUCGACUGGAAAGGACAUAAAGUGGUUUACAAAAGGUAUGCUAGCCUCUAUUUCUGCAUAUGCAUCGAUGAGGAGGACAACGAGUUAGAGGCCCUUGAAGUGAUUCACCAUUUCGUUGAGAUAUUGGACAGAUACUUUGGCAGUGUCUGUGAGCUGGAUUUGAUCUUCAACUUUCACAAGGCCUAUUACAUAUUGGACGAGCUUCUAAUUGCCGGCGAACUCCAGGAAUCGAGCAAAAGAACAAUUGCCAAGCUAAUAUCCGCACAGGACAAUCUGGUAGAGGUUGCAAAAGAGGAGGCAAGCUCCUUGAGCAACAUAAUUGCUCAGGCCACAAAGUAAGAGCGGUGGAAUACACUAAACUGAGAAGGAGCCAUACUGAUGUGUCGUUUGUUUGAAGUGCUUUGAUGUAAUUAUUUGAAUCCUUUACAUUCCCCCCCCUGCUUUUCGAUUCUUGACCAAACAUCUGUAAUAUCUGUUGUGUAAGUUUUGAUGCCUUACAGUUGAAGUACCGUUCCCCUUUAACUGAGAGCUUGAUUGUUUUACCUUGGGCUGUUGAUAUCGACAGCCCUUAAGAGGAAAAUGGUUGCUAUUGUUGCUGACAGUUUCAGAAGUCUGUUUAUGAGGCAUUUUUCAAGGAUGGGAUGUUGAAAUCGUGGUUCAACAGUUUCACACCGUUAAAAACAACCCAUUGGUUAAGGCUUCGAUAGAAGAUUUAUUCGUUCGGGCCGUUGAUACGGUAUGGUUUUACAAACACAGUUUUUCUUCUUCUUUACUCUACAAGGGUGUAAUGAAACCAACUAUGGGUGCAAAAACGAAGACUCUUCCUAUUGGUUGCAAGAAACAAGCAGUGGCAACCAUAAUUGGCAGUCGCAGGUUGAGAUGGACCUUUGCCGAUUAUUGGGUACAAAAUGGUAGCCGUGAAUUACAGCGAGGCAAAGACUCCUUCCAAUGGUCACCAAUACCUUUAGCCACCACUUGUUCACUUUCUUUGCAAGAAAUGUUACUCUUGUAUUGAAUUUGGAAUCGGUUCCAACUUCCACGCAUGAUAAGGUUAUUAAACCCAUGAUAAGACAUGGAUGAUUAGUGGAAGGAGUCACAUUGAGACCAAGCGACGCCCUCAACUUCCAAAUAUAGCUGGAAACUAUGUGUCAAAUUUGUAACAAAUUUAAGAAAUAUAGUAGCUGAUCAUAAGACUUUGGUCCCCACUCUUUCAUUAUCAUGACUCAAAUCUCUUGAACGUAAUAACUUCGACAUUUUUGUUCGUGUUAGCAAAAUAUGUCGUUCUCGUUUCGAUGAUUUAUUUGAAAGCUCAAAAUUGAGGGCAGAUUAAAUGGCCAGUCUUUGGUAGAAAAUCCAACCCUAAGUGGAUGACUCAAGAACAACGAAUUAAACUCUAGAGUCACACAAACCCCCGUGACUCCACAAAAUGGCUCACUCGAUCUUAGGGGUUGUUUGGAGAACGAAUUUGCGGCUUGGAUUCAUUGAACCCGUAGAUUUUGUAGAAAGUUAUAUUUUUUUGUUGCUCUUUGUAUUGUGGAUUUUUAGCUUCAAAGAUUUCAAAUAUAUAAAAUUUAAAAGAUAACAAAUGUCUCAUAAUCAGAGAGAUUCUAUAUAUAUUGAUUCGUAACAUUUUUUUCUCCUACUUUUUCCCUUUCUUUUAUUUAUUUAUCAUAUUAAAUAUAUUUAUCAAUAAAUUUUUUAAUAUUUCUCGAGCCACUCUAAUUUUUUUUUAUUAAGGAUAAACACAUUAUUUAAUAUAAAUUUUUUUAUUUU